AUGGGCGUUGACCCUUAGCAGGUACUCAGUAACGUCCAAAUAAACGUGAUGCCAAUCAUCCCUUAAGAAGAAAUUUUCGGAAGGAGAGGAGAAAUCAAAUCGGAGAAAAUGGAAAAGAAGAGUAACGGCGAGUCCGAUGUCAACAGUAAAUGGGAUGCGUGUAUCGAUAUCACUGCUCGUCGCGUGGUCUGCUCCUCCCUCGGCGCCGCGUUCGCCGGUCUUCUCUUCUUCAGGAGUCCUGUAACAAGAUGGGCGUCGACUGCUUGUUGUGCUGGAAUCGGUAUGGGCUCUGCAUACGCAGAUUGUUCUCGUUUCUUUGAUUCUUCAUCGUCUGCAACUUCACCCACGAGUACAGAGACUUCUUAUUUUGUCUUUCAGGCUGCGGAAGAGCAAGAGAAAGAAGAAGCGUGAGGAUAAACCCAAACAUUGAUGGGUUUCUAAUAAGAGUUUGUUACAUUUGUUUUGUAUGGAAGUGGUUGUUGAUCUUGCAUGACAUGGCUUUGGAGAUAACAUGACCAAUUUUGUACACACUGACUUUAUCUACUCAUUCUGACUUCUUUUUGGAUAAAUUCUUGAGUUCUUCUUACAUCUUAAAAUAAAGAAACUCAACACCUAGUUUCAAAAAAAAAAAAAAAAAAAA